GUCUAGAAUUGAUUAUCAAACUCCUUUAAGUUGUUUCUGACAUGGCAAUAGUUCAGGCUGAUGUUCUUUGGCGGCCAGAAGAUGACUAUAAGGCCAAACCGACACUGGAAGAAGGAGACGUUUAUCGCCCAGAUAUCCUUAAGGUCGUAGAAAGUGCCAUCGAGAGUCUCAAUGGCGAUCUACGGGAACUGAGUCUAGAUAUUCAUGAUCAUCCGGAGAUUAAGUAUGAAGAAAGAUACGCUCACGAUGCAUACGCCUCUUUCCUAGAGAAGCGCGGUUUCGAAGUCACGAGGCAUUACCUCCUGGAGACUGCUUGGGUUGCGACCUAUACCCACGGGCGAGGUGGACGCGUUCUAGGGGUGAACUCAGAGAUGGAUGCACUCCCGGGCGUUGGACAUGCAUGUGGGCAUAAUCUUAUCGGCAUCGCAGGCGUCGCUGUCGCAUAUGCGGCAAAAGCAGCGAUGGAGCAGCUCAAUAUCGACGGGAAGGUGAUUCUUCUUGGUACACCUGCGGAAGAAGGUGGGUUUGGAAAAGUGAAGCUAUGGGAGAAGGGAGCAUACAAAGAGAUGGAUGCGUGUCUCAUGUGCCACCCUGGUCCUGGGCCCCUUCAUUCUAUCAGUUUAAGCAGCUGUCUCGCAGUUAUACGUUUGGAAGUAAAAUACUCAGGCCACACUGCGCACUCUGCACUUAGCCCCUGGGAAGGAAAGAACGCGCUGGAUGCAGCUGUUCUGGCAUAUACAAACAUUGCUUUGCUGCGCCAGCAGAUCAAGCCUACACAUCGUGUGCAUGGAAUUAUCGAGGGCAAUAAUUGGGCAGUCAGUGUCGUCCCGGAUAACUCAAAGAUGUAUUAUUAUAUCCGUGCGCCAACCACUAUUGAAGCGGAAGAGACGUUCAAGCGUGUCGUCCCCUGUUUUGAAGCAGCAGCACUGGCAACCGGGACCAAAGUCGAAAUCACCAGAGGACACACUGGGAACGAACUGGUGCAGAACACAAUCCUUGGUAAUGAACUGUCUGAUGUGGUUAGGAAGAAAUACGGAGUCAUUGACUAUGAAUAUGGGAUCAGUGGUGCAUCGACUGACUUUGGAAAUAUUUCAUAUUUGAUGCCUGGUCUACACCCCGGGUUUUCGAUACCAACCGUUCCAGGAGGCGGUAACCAUACUCGAGCAUUCGCCGACUCGGCACGUUCGCAGGCUGCUCAUGAUGCAUCUCUCACUGUCUCGAAGGCUCUCGCUCACGUUGGCAUGCGCGUGAUCACGGACGGUAGAUUUCUGCAGCAGGUGAAAGAUGCUUUCGAGGAGCAAAAGAACAACGGAAUGUGACAAAUGAAAACAGAGCGCACACAUACACCAGCAAUAUAACUACAUAGCAAGAUUUACAGAUCCAAUGAUUUCUGAUUGCGCUUUGACUCCAGACCAAACCUUGCUGAUCGAGUUGCUCACCACUUUUCGUGAGCAGGACGCACUGUUUGACAUAGAGUGAAGAUAGGGUAAUGGCAAAUGGGAACCACACUUACGGUCAAUUUCCCAAGUCCAUGCUGAACUAUCUUGCUUGACAAGGUACAAGUAAGACUUUGCGAUAGAUUCAGGAUCAAGUCGAGCAUCCUGAUUAGCCUCCCAAGAGGGGUCGUUGCGAUGAGACUUGGUGCGGUCAGUGAGGAUGCCGCCGUCGAUAAUGCU